AUGUGCGUCCCCCGAAGCUACCACGAGACCGUCUUCUCCCUCAUCAUCAUCAACAAGGCCGGCGGUCUAAUCUACCAACGCGAAUUCCAAGCCGGUCUGCACAAGCUCUCCACAAACGACUACCUCGUUCUCGCUGGUACCUUUCACGGUGUCCACGCAAUCACUCGCUCCAUUACGCCUAAAAUUCCGCUCCAAACAACCGCCUCCCCGGUCCCCUCCUCACCCGGGACAAAUCCCCCUCCCACAUCCGGAUACAGCUACCCUGUCCCAGGUGUCCCUGUCUCGGGUCUCGAACAGCUUGAGACGGAUAAGUUUCGCUUAACCUGUUUCCAGACUUUGACGGGAACGAAGUUUCUGCUUUUUACAGAUCCUGUUACAGGGAGUGUGGACUCCAUCAUCAAUAAGAUUUAUGAGCUGUAUGCGGAUUACGUUAUGAAAAAUCCGUUUUAUCAACUUGAGAUGCCGGUGCGCUGUGAGGCCUUUGAUCGGCAUCUUGGGGCUUGGUUGAGGGGGCGGACAUAG